AUGGGAUUUUUUAAGAAGAACAAGAGGCAAAGCUUUAACCGAAAUUAUGAAGGUGAAGUUCAGUGCAAUAAUAUAAUUUUGGGAGGGACGUUUUAUAAACAUUGUGAAAAUGAUUUAUUAUUAAAAAAUGAAUUAGAGAACCUAGUUCCAUAUUUUAAUGGAAGAAUAUUUUUAGAAAAUAAAGAAGAAAUUGGAAAGGUAGAUGAAAUUUUAGGACCUAUAAACGAAUUUUAUUUUUCUGUUAAAUUAAAAGAAGGUAUUAGAGCUAAAUCAUUUUCAAGUGAUACACAUUUUUUUAUCGACAAAUCGCAAACGUUACCCUUAAGUAGAUUCUUACCACAAGAAAAAAAUUCACAAAGUCUUGUAAAAAAAAAAAAAAAGAAAUCCAAUAGAGACAAGAAAAAAAAUAGUUUUAAUCAAAAUAAUAAAAAACCAAACAAUUAUAAUUUUAAAGGAAAUAAUAAUAGAAAUGAUCAUAAUAAUAGAAAUGAUCAUAAUAAUAGGAAUGAUCAUAAUAAUAGAAAUGAUCAUAAUAAUAGGAAUGAUCGUAAUAAUAGAAAUAAUAAAAAUAGUUUUAGAAAUAGAUCAAACAGUAGUCGUAAAUUUAAUAAUCAAAGAGGAAGAUUUUAA